AUGGCAACAACGUUCACCUUCUUCCCUAAUCUGCCCAUGGAGAUCCAGUUGAAAAUCUGGAAGCUCGCUGCUUGCAAUGUAGCUGAAGGCGGCCAAGAGAUUCACGUUCAGCUCCAUUGCCAUCUUCAAUCAACGUCGCACUCAUGCUGGACCACAACGAGGCAGUUUUGUGGACACCACGGCGCAUGCCCAACGUACCUGCAUGGCGCCAGAAACGUCUCAUGGGCUACGUUUUGCCUAUCUGACGGUUACUUUCUUCAGUCAGAAGCGAACGCUUCCAUAUCAGAUCCCUUCACACAGAGUCAAAUGGCUAGCCUAAGCCUUGCUUGCCGGAAUUCACGAGGCGCUCUGCACCGUCAAUUUCAAGGAGAGAUGCGUAUUUACCAGAGCAAAUGGCGUCGAGGCGUCCAAGUCCGCACACUGCGAUGCAAUCCCAAGAAGGAUACCUUGGUCCUCACAGACGUCCAUAUGCCAAACAGCCGCCACAUUCAACCAGGCAUAAGACCCUUGACAGCCGAUGCCAUGUCACGAGCCGAAAGCGCCAGGAUAGCUCGGACAUUCCCACAGGACCCUGACAAGUUUGCUGCGUUCAGAAGCAUUCUAUCCAGCUUUCGAACCUUUGCCAUUCAACAAGAUGGACAUCGCGGCGAUACAAGCUCGGAGAAAAUCGAUCUCAUCAACACCGGCAUGCUUAUUAUGCUCUUCAUGGAGUCCAUCAAGGGGCUGUAUAUAUGGCCCAACCCUCAUCUGUGGCCCGAGGUCUGGAAAUCUCCCCGCCGAAUCGAGGACGUGAAGCUCUGGGAUUAUGAGGAUGAAUUGGGCAGACGCGAGUUCCGCGAUGAGGUGGACUAUUUUCUUCGAGAGUACGACCAAUGGGUUGAUGUUCACAAUGACCACUUUACCCCUGGUGGCGAGCACUGGGCGCCCCGCCCGAGAAAGCUGAGCCGUAUUGGGUGUUUUGUUUGGAGUGCCUAG